UAUUUUAAACUUGCUGCUUGCAGGAUUUUGUUCAAAAAUGAAGACAGAAAUUGGGAAGAAAUUGAAAACAAAAUGCGAUCGGAGAGUGAAGUUCCUAUUCUGAAAACAUCAAAUAAGGAGAUUUCAUCAAUUCUGCAAGAGUUGAAAAAAGUAGAGAAACAACUUCAAGCCAUCAGUGUGAUUAUUGAUCCAGACGGUACUUUGGAUUCAGCAUGUGGCCUGAAAUUAUCGAGUCCCAGUUUGCUCGGACAAACCAAGCACAAGACAAGUUCAGACCGAAGUCCUCCGAUCACAGGCUCUAAUUCUGACUGCCACAACCAUUUCAGCCAAUAUGUACACAAUGGGGAGGACAGAGAGAAUUCUUUGCAUGACUGACCUUUUUUUUUGUCUCUUCAAAAUGGCAGAGCAUAUAUCAACAGGCACGAUAGUUUUGGUCUGGCCUAUGUUAUUGAGAACAGUUGUGCUUGCCACUUACUAGCCUUGAGGUGUUUUCCUGCUUUCUGUGGUGCUUUCCUCACCACAUAACUUUUGCUAUGGCUGUAAGCUUUGCAUCCAUCAAAUAAUGAAACAUUAGGGAGACAGACGUCACAUUGUCACAUGUGUCCAGUGAAAUGUGAACACAUCGAUGGCUCUUCUAGCCACAUGAGUCAUCUUCAAAACAAAAUGGAGAAGCAAAUUGGCAUUAUUAUAAAAACUGGAAUAGAAAUGUUGUGUUUAAGCACUGUUUAAAUGGACUAAUAUAUAGACAACACAAGCUUAGAAUAUCAAAAACAUCAGUGCCAAACUACUCAGUAUAUUGGUCAGUUGAACAACGUUCUGUUGCAUCAAAGAACUGCUGUUGGUUAUUUAUGUGUUUAGUAUGUAAACCACAGACUCCACAUAGGAUAUUGCUUAACUGUACAAAGUAGAAAACAUAUUCAGUAAUUAUUGUAAUUUUGGAUAAGAAUCUCUGCUUUAUGCUGUGAUCAGAAGUUGGUUGAUGAUUUUUAAUGCUGAAAAGUCAUGUUGAUUACAACACUAUUAGUGUUAUACAAUAUUGCACUAUUAACUUGCAAGUUAAAGGAUGGGAACGUUAUGUUGGCAACUGGGUCUUGUUUAACACUCUCUUUAUUCAUUAGAUUUUAAACAAAACCAUAAAUAAGCAAAAGUUAACACAUUGCCUUGUGGAUUGCAAACACUGUUGCCAUUUAAGAGGAGUAAUUGGGAUGCUCAUUGUGCAGUGUGCUGAUCAACCUAUCAAAGGACCAAUCUCAAAUCAGUAGCCCUCAAAUGAUUCACUCCAACAAAAUCUUGGUAACCCUACUUAAUUUGUAGAAAAUCAGUGCAUAAUAAGUGAUAAAAACAAACUUGAUAGAUUAAGGGGCACUGUGAGGCAGUUCCACCUCCCUGGUAUAGUUUUGUACCUAAUUUAAGUUGAUGCGAGAAAGUCUCUUGUGAAUUUGCCUCAUCAACAUUAAAUGUGUUCAGGGCAUUCUCAAUGUAGUUUUUGUUUAAAAUUGAGUUAAGAUGAUAAAGUUGCUCUUAACAGGUAGUCCACUCAAGCAUGGAAGUGGAAAUAAAAAGUUAAACCGGGAUUCUAAUUAUGCUGCCAUGUAAUGUACUUUAAAGGUAGGUUUAGCACAUACAGUAUCUUGUUGCUUUGGAUACUGACUUGAUGACAAAAGUACCCCAUUCUCAUCAGAAUGUCCUUUACUUUAAAUGUUAUUAUUGAAACUGGAAAUAGGAAAAUAUCCAUCCUCACCACAUGCACAACACAACUCUCAUCCAAAUGACAGAAGGACAUCUCUUCAUUCUGCUCCCUCAUUUAAAAUUAACUUGGUCAAUAUCAAUCCAUUUCUUAGGGAUCGCAGUAUGGAUUUGUUGCUUGUCUUUGUAACGUUGUUUAGAAGCUAUAUAAAUAACUGAAGUGAGAAAUGGAAACUGGAAUGAUGACAGUGAAAUGUAUAUUUCGGAGCAUGGAAUUAGGUUGAAUAGUUGCGAUGUUAAAGAGAUUGAUAUAAUAUCUUACCUGAUAUCAGUACUAGCUAGCAGAGAUUUCCUGUUUUCUCCAUAAUUGAUGUUACCUAUGUUGAUCAGCACAAAUCAAGGUAAAGCUCCACAUUCUAUCUCAAUGGGAAAUAUGAUCUUAACAUAUUUAAGAUUUAGUAAUAGAACACUUUACUGUUUAGGUAUGUCUUGAUUUGAUUAAAUUCCUUCUUUUAUGUUAUUAGAACUAAUCCCUCUACUUCCAUCCAGUUUCUUACUUUGCCCCUGAGUCAUACACUGUGCUCAGAAAGACACAUCAUGCACUUAAGAUAAUUCAUUAAUAUUACUGUGAGUUUGUUGCUAAAAAAUAUGAA